AUGACGCGCGUCGAGUCGCGUAUACCUAUCGCGAUUGACCACGUGUUCUCAAGUGUCGCGCGGAUCCAAAAUAAUACAAUAAUCGUCGAAAAAGAGAUGAAAAAAAGAAAAAGGCGUCGAAGAAAAGUUGCAAUGAUGAGUAGGGGACCGCACAAGUAAAGCGCGCGCGCAUAAAGCUCGGUAAUUUUCCGUAUCGAAAAAUAAGUUGUUAUUUUUUCCUUCUUUAUCGUGUUUUAUUGCCAAAAAACAGAACAGCAUACGUGGAUUAGUUUAUCGCUCGAGAGGUGCUCUCCGCGUUCUACUUUUGCAUUCGCCCAAUAUCGAAGUCACCGCGGCAUAAAUAUAGUAACGGCCGCACCGUUAUAUUGUUGAAUUUCUGCUUCUACAUACACGCGUUACGCGCGCGCUGACGGUCUGACACUCGAACACGUAUGUUGGAGCAAUUGGCCGAAGACUUGUUUUAUAUAUCUAUACAGUGCGCCGCUAUUACAGUAUACACUACACCGUCUGCACAGCUCUAGUUGAGCUCGUACAAUCGGAACUGACGCACUGAUAUCGCGAUAUUCUUCGGCAAAGUUUUCCUCGUAUCCGAAUGAUCCGCCCCUACACGAUCUCGCCUUCGCUGCAGCAAGGAACAACAUGAUAAAGGUGCCGGGCUUCGUAUAUCUAGCAGCUGACAAUUCAACGACAGCGACGAUUUCGAGCAAACACUCGACGGCAUGAUGCAAUUGUACUCAACUGGCUCGGUUAUGCUGCUGCUGGCUGUGCUGCAGCUAUUGCUGCUGUCCUCGCACUCGUACGGCUUCAAUUUCGGCAAUCACGACCGACCGACCGGUGGCCAGUGCUUCUGCAAGCUGAAUGGCGCUAUAGACGACUGCAGCUGCACAGUUGACACCGUCGACUAUUUCAACAAUGCAAAAAUUUAUCCUAGAUUGCAGAGCCUGCUAGUGAGAGAUUAUUUUAGAUUUUACAAAGUCAAUCUCAACAGGCCUUGUCCAUUUUGGGUUGAUGACAGCAAGUGUGCUAUGCGAUACUGUCAUGUUCAACCUUGUAAAGAGAAAGAUAUUCCAGUUGGAUUAAAAGGCGCAGAUGUGCCAAGACACAUUCAUACUAAUGAAAGUCCAGUUGAUAAAUAUAAAGCUAAUCAACAAACUUCUGACUGCAAUCAGAAUAGUGAUCAUAAUAUAGAAUUAGGCUAUUUGAACACCACUAUAAGUUCUGAAACAUAUGCUGGUUUUGAACGCUGGCAGCAGCAUGACGAUUCUCUUGAUAAUUUUUGUAUCACCGAGAACGAUGGCGGAGAAUACGUUGACUUGCUUUUGAAUCCAGAAAGAUACACAGGAUAUAAAGGUCCUAGUGCUCAUAGAAUAUGGCGUAGUAUUUAUAUGGAAAACUGCUUUAGGCCAGAAACUUCAACAAAAAAUACAUUUAUUCGAUCAUCUAAAAUAGAUGAUAUGUGUUUAGAAAAGAGAGCCUUUUAUAGAGUAAUAUCUGGGUUACAUACCAGCAUUAAUAUACAUUUAAGUUCCAAGUACUUAUUAUCUUCACAAAACCGAUUGGAUGUAAGUCCAGAAGGAACAUGGGGACCUAAUUUUGAUGAGUUCCAAAGACGUUUUUCUCCAGAAACUACAGAUGGAGAAGGACCAAACUGGUUGAAGAAUCUGUAUUUUAUAUAUAUGUUAGAACUAAGAGCCCUUGCAAAAGCUGCACCCUACCUACAGAAAUUAGAAUAUUAUACAGGCAAUCAAAUUGAGGAUAAAGAUACUAGAUUAGCUAUAAAUGAUAUAUUAAAUAUAGUCAGCUCUUUUCCUGAACAUUUUAAUGAGAGUGUCAUGUUUAAUGGAGGAUCUGAAGCACAAUUGUUGAAAGAUGAAUUCAAACAACAUUUUAGAAAUAUCUCACGAAUUAUGGAUUGUGUUGGCUGCGAUAAAUGCCGCUUAUGGGGAAAACUCCAAACACAGGGCUUAGGCACAGCUUUGAAAAUUUUGUUUUCUGGCGCAUUUGACAAAUAUGAACCUACUCUCCUUGAUUUUGGUAAACAACGAUUUUCCUUGGAAAGAACGGAGAUAGUUUCGUUGAUCAAUGGUUUUGGAAGAUUAUCAGAAAGUAUUUUUGAACUGGAAAAAUUCAGGAAAAUCAUGAGAUAGUAAAGGAGGUAAUUGGAAAGAGGUAUACAGGUAUUGUAAUAAUAAUUUCACAGUUACAUCACAUUUCAUUAAUUUAAUUGUGAAUAUUGUAAGAAAAGUUUAACGACUUUAUUAUUCAUCUCAGUGAAUUUUUUUAAUAUUCGUAGUCGGCGUGAAUUCGUUUCACUGAAAAAUCUUCAAUGCAUAAGGUAUUAUGUAAACUUCCAGAUUUUCCCAAAAAAACAAAUUCACUUUUGAAAAUAAGUUCUGACUGUGAUAAAUGAUAUUGAACUACGAUAAAACAUAAUCAAGUUUCCGAAAAACAUUAAAUGUAAAAAUAUUAUUUGUACUAUUCACAAUUAUUAAAGCUAACCAAUUUUAAUAGGCAGAGUAUAACUAUAAUCGCAGAAAAAAUAGAUUUCUAUUUUUUGUAAGACAAUUUUUAAAAUUACAUAAUCAUAUUUUCCACUUAUACAUACUGAUAACAUUUUCAUAAGGCUAUCAUAGAAUUUUUAAAAUGAAAGUAAUUCCUAUUUCUUGAUUGUAGCUAUGUGAGUCAAUUACUUAUUGGUACUGAAAAAGAAAAGCAAUUUUUAAGGUAGAUUGUCAAGUCUGAAUUUUUAAAUAUUGUAUAAAAAAUUUUAUUUAUCUAUAUUUUAUAUAAAUAUUUUUAAAAUAAUCGUUUUAUUAAACCUAUCAGAUAUUUAUUUUCUUCAAAUGUUUGACUUUUCGUGAAGUAGUUAAAAGUUGAAUUGAAUGUUUGUUAUUGAUAUAUGUUAACGUUAUUUUUGAAAAUUCUUUUCUUCAAGAAUUGAAAAUCAUUCCAUGUAAGUAUUCAGGCAAAUUGUAAAAAAUAUUAUAUAAAAAAUAAAUGAGCU